CUUUUAUCCCUUAACCUCUAAAAAUACUUGAAUAUCGUAUGACGCAUGAAUGAGUGCCUUAGGAAUGACACGUACAAGUGCAGAUACUUUCAGAUUUACUCUUACGCAAGGAAGUUCCAAUUUCGUAACGAUAAGGCAACAAUAGCUGCAUCAACAUAAACUGGUAGUUAGAUUUGUUACAGGGAACUUAAAUCGGACAAAACUGUGGGGUAAAUUGUCAAUUUACGGGCUUUUUUCUGUUUUUUGUUUUGUUCAACAACCCAUUGAAGCACCUAUACACCUCUUUUGAAGAAUUAUGCCAGAUAAACGCUUGUUCGACUCUACACAAGGGACUGUUUCGUUGUUAACGAAGACCUAUAGAUUACUGACAAAAGCGCAGAACGCUUCAGCUGUUGCUUUUUCUACUUUUGCCGUCAUUCACGGAGCCCAAGUGUUAGUCGCUAACGUUGGCGGCACGCGAUCGGCUAAUCGUUGGAUCAUUCUAGGCCGACCAUUUUACCAAGAUGAGCACUUAGAAGGCUUGUUAGUGACAGGAUCAGCCGUAGUUCAUGUUGUUACUAGUUUGAGUAAGCUGACUAUACGUUAUUAUUGGCGACGCCGAAAGUUAUCUGCACCAUCAGCAGAAGCAGCAUCAACUGAUAAAGCAACAGAGAAAAACUCUUCGUCUGCACAAUUAUCAACAAAUACCUUGCCUUAUCAUCGAUGGACUGGUUAUGUACUAAUACCUCUGGUAGGAAUUCACUACUACCUCGUUCGUUCUAUACCAUUACAAUACUAUGGGGAUUCCUCGUUCAUCGAUUUUGGAUACAUCGCUUGGGGAUUGCAAAAUAAACCUAUAUUCACAUAUACAUUACACACAACAUUAGGGAUAGCAGCUUCUUAUCAUUUUGUAAGCGGGCUCAGCUAUCUUUUCAGACGAAGGAAGAGUAAGAGUAACCAACAAUCGCCAGAAAAACUAUACAAGUCAGGCUCUUCCACAUUAGCAUCAGGAGUGCCCUUGUCGAAUUCAUCGUCAACGAAGAACUGGAUACAGAAGGGUCUUGCCACUACUUUAAGUAUCGGAUUCAUAGCAAGUAUAAUGAUCAUUGGAAGAGAAACUAAAAAAAUCCCGCUACGGCUCGACUUUGAACAAAUGUAUAAAAGAAUGAUUUGAUUAGUAUUCUCUUAAGAACUGAUAUGAAACAUUAUACA